UUGUGCGCUCUUUUUUUGCGCUGUACUGUAUGGCCCCUGACCAGUGCUAGGACGCGUUUGCAGCUGCUGCUAUGACAACAGCGCGCGCUUUUUCCAACUUGUGCAUGAUUCACAGCCCCCACUCUCGGUUAUCCGGUAGGCUUUGAAAGAAAACCGAGCAACGGUCCCACUAGAGGACCCACUUUUUUUUUUUUUUUUUUCUUUUUUUGAGAAGACUGUGUAUACUCAUACUGUACUGCACUGAGGAACCACAAACACCCUCCAUAUUAUUCAGGCACAGCUGGAGUGACAUUUUGGCACGUUCACUCGCUCGCAGCUCUCCAGCUUUCACUUCUUAAAGUUUGAGGCAGCGUGUCAGUGAGGGAAAAAAGAUGGAUUUUCUGUGCGGAUAUUAAAGGCAAUAGGAUUUAAGAGACCAGAACGAUUGAGGUCACCACUAAAGUGUACAUUUCAUUCAUACGUUAUUUUAUUUUACCCCCAUUUCCAUGGCGACGGCACGGCGCGGUCAUCGAUAAGCGCUCUGUACUAAGUACGCGAGGGAUUUUGUUGUCUACCUGGGGAGGAAAUCUGGAUUAACAGAUGAACUGUAAUGGCUAACUAACGCGUUUCUCUUUUGGACUACUGUGAACGGAUUUACACUAAGAAAACUCCGCAGAUGAAGAUGGUUGCGUGUGGAGGCUGCGCGGCGUCCUGGAGGAGGUGUGUGGUGAUGAGUCUCAGACUGCUGUUCCUUCUCCCCGCAGGUCUGCCUGUCCGCAGUCAAGGAGAAUCCCAAUCCGAUAACAAACAGAUGGACAAUAUCACCAUCAGACAAGGAGAGACGCUCUUCCUCAGUUGCUCACAAGGGGCCUUUGUGACACACACAGCAUGGCUGAACAGAUCAAGUAUACUGUACGCCGGAGAGGAUAAGUGGUCUGUGGACCCCCGGGUGAGUUUGGUUACUCUAAACCAGGAUGAGUUCACCAUCAAGAUUGAGGACGUGGACUUGACAGACGAGGGCCAAUACAUCUGCGCGGUGCAGACUAGCAGCAGACCCCGAACCACGUCCGUGCACAUCAUCGUUCAAGUUCCUCCAAAGAUCGUGAACCUGUCAAAGGACCUUGUGGUAAACGAAGGCUCCAACGUCACUUUGAUGUGCCUGGCUAAUGGAAAACCAGAACCUGCCAUCGUCUGGAGGAUGUUAUCACCUUCAGAUGACAGCCUAGGUUCAGACAAUGAGGUUCUGGAGAUUCCCUUCAUCAGCAGAUAUAGAGCAGGAGUGUACGAAUGCACCGCAGCGAACGACAUUGCAGUGGACACACAGACUGUUGAGCUCACAGUCAAUUACCCUCCCAGUGUUUCAGAUGGCAGAGAUGUUGGCGUGACCCUGGGUCAGAGAGGUGUCCUGGAGUGUGAGGCAGAUGCUGUACCCGAGGCAGAUUUUGAGUGGUACAGAGAUGACAGGAGGAUCUUCAAUGGCUUUGAUGGCAUAGAGAUCGAGGAUGCCGGAGCACUUUCAAAGCUGACUUUCUUCAACGUGUCCGAGGCAGACUACGGCAAUUACACUUGUGUCGCUAUCAACAAACUUGGGAGCGCUAACACAAGCAUCGUCCUAUACGAAAUAAUUGAACCCACUAGUUCAACGCUAUUGCAAGUGGAGACGACUUCUGUUUUAGAAAUGACUUCAUCCGAUUUAAAGCACACAGCCUUUGAAAACAAUGAUUUGUGGGAAGGACCCGGAGCAGUUCAGGAUGGCAACAGCGGCACGUCAACGGUCUUCACACCCACCUGUCUACUUCUCAUCGUACUUCUACAACUCUUGCUCAAGUUUUGAUGCCGAAGAUGUUUUCAGUGGAUAAAAAACAGCGUUUGUGUGACAUCGCUCUCAUCCUGGAGUCACAAAUCGUGCAUGGGUUACCAAAAAUGCCUGAAAAUGUGCAUGGGGUACCCAAGUACUUCCUUUUAAUACAGUAAUCAUGCAUUUCUUUUGUUUAUAAUAGAGUUUAAUAAUGUAACUUCUCUUACAUUGCUAAUUAUCACACUGUUUUGCCCCAACGAAUACAGUUUUGUAUUCCGUAAAAUCAAAUGACAGAGAGGCAUGUCUAAUUUUAAAUAUUUAAUUUUAUUUAUUUUUGUGACUGUCAUUUUAAUUCAACCCCUUAAGAAUUCAUAUAUAAUACUGUGUGAUUGGGGAAUAAUUAUUUCAAGUCAAAGGCAUGCGAUAAGGAAGGGCAUAUGUUUUUUUUUGUUAUUUUUUAAUUGUCGCUAUAUUUUUACUGUAUCAUAACUGUACAGCCAAUCAAAAUAAGCAGCAAAAAAGACACGUUUUAGCUCUGUAAUAUUCACAUCAUGUAUCAUUUUGAGUACUCCUAAUCUGCAUUUUAGCGUUUAACACACACAACUGAAAACAACGCAGUACAUAUCAGUAUGUUUUAUUUUGAUUAUGUUUUGAUGACCAGAACGGCACAGUUGGACUAUGCAGAACCGAAAGCUCUAUAAAAUGAUUUAUUUACACCGCAAAGGAAUAAAUCAGAUGUUGGAGUAAUGUUAGUAUAUAUGGGAUGACAAUGUGUGAAUCAAGGUUGAAAAAUGUUACAUUUGGAGCUUUGUGUAACACCAGGUUUUUGGAUCCAUUUUAAGAGCCCAAAGAGCAAUCUGCUAAUACCUGUUGACAUCAAAAGUUAUUUUUAUUACCAUGGCAGUUUUUCAAAUGGAUUUUUGUUUAAUUUUGUCCAGAUUUUGAGUUAUACGAACCAAACCGGGCGCGUAGAUGUUCUUUAUUUAAACACUUCUUGUCAUCGUUCCUGCUAACAUCUCUGUAUGUAUAUGCAUAUAUCUAACUUGUACAAAGGGAAAAUAUGCACACUUGUUUUUACUAAAAUUGUGAACCUGUUUAAUACAAUGCAACGUUUUCUAUUUUUGUUAUUCCCUUUUUCAGAAGCUGUGUAAUUUAUUUAAUCAAAGGGUUAUAGUAGAUACAAGCUCAUUGCAGUUGCUCAUUGUGAAAUCUGAUGUCUAAAUAUUGUGCUUUUGGAAAAAGCAGAUGCGACUCAUUUGCCCGUCAUCAUCUCAUCAUGAGCAGAUGUCCUGUUACCAUCCGUAUUCUGGGGGGAAAAGGGAGAUUUGAUUUGAAUAGUUUCUGAAACUUACCAUCGCAGUAUUAAGGUGUUGGUUGACCUCAAAUCCAUAUUAAGAUUUUCUUCUGAUUUGUUGCAGUGUUUGAUAGGAUAUAUGCCUAAUGUUUCCAUUUUAUCUCCGAUGUGGUUAAAGGAAUAGUUCAGCCAAAGAUGAAAAUUGUCAUCAUUUGUUCACCCUCAUGGCACUCCAAAUAAAAAUAAAAAAUUGUCCAUGGAAGUCUGAGAUUGACUUAUCAUAAAUAAAUAUUUCUUAUUUAGCUGAUUAUGUUGACAGACAUUUUUGGAUGAGCUAUCCCUUUAAAUAUCAUGUUUUUAAAACCACAUAUCAGAUACAAAUCAGUGGAUUUUAAGCACAAGUUGUAUGUUAAUGAAAGGAAAUGUCAUGUAUGUGCAAAGUUUAAUGGGUGACAGUGUGUGUUCUUGCCCCAAAGGUGUAUUAUUCAACAUGGUUUUAUUUUUCAUUUUAUGUUUAUUUUUUAUAAGAUAUAGGGAACACAACCAGACUAAGAACAGUCCACAUAUUUCACAUAUAGACAGAUCAGUGAGAUUUACCGGACAAGUCAGAAAUCCACAGUUUUAUCAUUGCAUUUAAAUUUGAAACCACAAAAAGAAGCACCUCCUGAUAAUGUCUGUGAUUUCCUCUGAGGAAGACAGAGUUUGGAUCAAGGCUGAUCAAAAAGAGGGCGAUCAAUCGAUGCACUAUAUUAACAGAAACACAGGGCUUGUCUGUGCAUGGCUGUAAUGCAAUUCAUAUGUUUGUCCAAUUUGGUGUGAAGAAUUGACUUUUUUUUCUUUUUUUUUGAUCCCACCAUUCAACCAUUAAAACAACCAGCCUGGAGAAGUUCAGUUUGUUCCGCUGAUCUCUAGUGGUUCCCUGGAGAGGAACAAAUCUAGUAUUUUAACUCCUUGUACUGUAAAGAAAUUGUUUCGUCAUAUGUUUUUCCUUUAAUGGCGAUGGUGUGUUCAUAUUUAAGACUUACAAUAAUAAAAUGUUGUAUCUAAAUAGAAUCAGUCUGUAGUCUAAUUGUAAUUCUUAAGAAAUACUGGUUUAUACAUACAUAUACACACACACACACAUAUAUGUGUGUGUGUAUAUAUAUAUAUAUAUAUACUGUAUAUAUAGAUGGAUAAUUAACUGUCAUGUCUUUGGCCUAUCUGAAUGGCCAUAUGGUCUCCUUUUUAUUUAAAUUCAAGGUCACUGCUUGCAUGAAUGUCUUGUGCCACUUUGCACCCAAGUAUAAUGGAACCAGAAAAUGUCAGUUUGAACAGUGUUAUAGGAGAAAGUUACCUGGGCUGACUGUCAAAUUUUUUACCUAAAUAUUUCUCAGGGUUUAUAUUCUUCAUUUCUAUAUAGGUAUAUACCCCAGAUACCUAAGGUCUUGCCUACAGUAAAAUAAUAAUAAUAAUAAUAAUAAUAAUAAUAAUAAAGCCAUUGAACGUGUCCACUGUAAUUGCUGACCCAGUAGCAGGACAUGUUGUCACAAUAUGGUUUAAGUUGUCACAAUGGCACCUGCCAUUAAACAAGUUGAAUUAAAGCAAUACUUACCAAAUGCAAAACCACAGAGCAGUUUAAGAAUAGCAGCGCCAGACCAGCAGUCUCAGACCAUCUCCACCAGGGUGGAGAUUAUAGCAUCAUUAUGGUUAGGUUUAGUGGUGGAUAUUUGUUAUGGUGGAUCCUAUAGUUGUAAAGAUGGGGUUAGUGGUUCGGGCGGGUUAGGCAACCAUCACCCAGACAGCAACAUAGUGUCUGCAUAGAUCCGGCCCACAUCUGGUCCGCGUGUAAUCCACAUGUACCAGAUGUGGGCCAGAUCUGGGCCACACUAUGUUGCUGUCUGGACAGUUCCAUCCUAACUUCAGGUCUAAGGCUGCUGGCCUGUCACGUAUAGCAUAUAGCGCUGUGGUUCUGCAGAUAGAAAAAAAGGAAAAUGUAAACAGUAAUUUUUAAACCCAAACAAUUUAUAAACUAUCAAAAAAAAAAAAAACCUGAAAAA